CUGCCGGCCUCUCAGCAGAGGAUGUGUCUGGAGAGAGAGUGUAUGUGUGUGAGAGAGAGGAAAAGAGGAAAGCCUUCAGUAGAAUGGAUAUGUGCCUUCUCUCCUCCACCCUUUCUUCUCCUUCUCCUUCUUCUUCUGCUUCCUCCUCUCCUCUUCCUCAUCAGUGUCUUCCUUCACUGUCUUCCAUCAGAUCUGCGCCCUGGGCACCUUCAGCACCGGCCCUGAGGGGAAAAGGAGACUCGUCGGGUGGAUGGGCGGCUAAAAACUGAACUCCAAUGUCAGCUGGGGAUCAGAAGAAUGGUGGUGACAAACCAGAAGACAUGGUGCCACAGCCUGAGGUGUGGCCUGAGGUGGAGAGGGCAGAGUGUUUGGCCCGCGGCGCUGCCCUGAAGUGGGCGUCGGGUGUUUUCUGUCGGCCUGAACAUCUGGAGCGACUCAGUCAAUACAGGAAGAGAGAAAGUCAGAGGACAGCGUCCGUUCACACCAGACUGAAGUCCAUGGUCCAGUCGUACCUGGAGGGAGUGGGCUGGGGUCUGGAGCAGCUCCGCGAGGCCCGGACUGAGCUGAGGGAAGUGUCACGUGAUUUGAAGAAAGCUGGACUGGAGUCUGAUCAAAACACAGAGGGGGGAAGAUCUCUGGAGAGACUGAGAGAGGUGUCUGCAAACCACAGUCAGCUCCUCGCUGCCGUUAGCAACCUGCCACGACUUUACUCCGUGCGUAGCAUGGUGAUGGAGACAGAGCGCCUGGUGGAGUCCCGGCGGCUGUUGGAGGCCCAUGCCAAGCUGAUGGAUCUAGAGUACUUGCAGGAUGAUAUUCUAUGGCAGCUCAACAAGGCCGCAGGAGGUGCACUCAGCACUGAAGACCAGGAAGUGGUGGCCAAAUAUUUCUCUGGAGUCCGGCACCUGGUCGAUGCACUGGGGAAGGAGCUGUGGGCGGUGGUGAGCAGUGCUCUGGCUCUGGCCCGACAAAACCCCACGCCGUUUGUAUCUGCUGUCAGGAUUGUGGAGCGGGAGGAGGCGCUGGACCAAACUCUGCUGGAGGAGAGGGGAGGCGGCGGAGGCAACAGCAGGCCCCUACCCCCUGGACGACCUCGCUGCUGGAGAACGUGCUUCUUCAAGGUACUAGAGGAGGCGGUGGCGGCGCGGUUUCGCAGUGUUUCCUAUCUGCACACACGUGGUCCGGGUCUGGCAGGUCACCUCUCUGCACUGCAGCACGGCAUCAUGGCCGACCUGGCCACCGUACGCCACCUGCUGGAGCACUGCGUCCCGCAACAAUACAAGCUGACUGGAGCCUACUUGAGGGCCAGCCACCGCUGUUUACAUGCCCACCUGACACAGGUUAGCAGCUGGGACCUGGAGAGCGGUGAAAUCUUCGCUGUGCUCAACUGGGUGCUGCACAUCUACAACAGCCCGGACAUGAUGGGUCAUCCUGAGCUGGUGACGGAGAUGGAGAGAGAAGAGCUGAGGCCUCUAAUCUCCACAGAGGGACUCGAGCAGCUGCAGAGCAAAUACGUGCAGAGUGUUCGGAAGAGUGUGUCUGAAUGGAUGCACAAAGCUCUGCAGGUGGAGCUGCAGGACUGGCAGAGGGACCAGGAGCCAGAUACAGACCAUGAGGGCUUCUACCAAACAAGCCUGCCCACAAUCAUCACACAGAUGCUGGAGGAGAACGCCCGGGUGGCUCUGAUGAUCGGCGAGUCCCUGCGAGAUCAGACUAUACAGAUGGGACUGUAUGAGAUGGAGAACCUCCUGAACAGGUUUCGUGAAUCUCUGGUGGAAUUUGGAAAGGAGCAUCGCAGGGAUCUGAGCAACAGCAAAAAUAAGUUCUACCUCCACUAUCUGCUGGCCUCCAUCAGCAACUGCAUCAUCCUCAAGAAGUCCACGGAGAGCCUGCAGCAGCAGCAGUCGUCCCAGUCGGCAGGCCAGUUCACUCGCACUCCUCCUAACCCUCUGGCAGCUCUGGACCGGGCGGUGCGGCGGGCGUGCCGGCUUGUCAUGGAUCAGCUCUUGCUGGAUUUGAAGCCUUUCCUCCCAGGCCUGCUCACCCGACCCUGGCUGGCUCAGGGAGACCCGACCCCCAAACUUUGCCACGUCCUGGAGCGUCACCUGGAGCUGUACUUGCGCGUUCGGCCUCCCUGCCGGCAGCGUCUGCAGGAAGAGGCCCAGUGGCUGAUGGUGGUGGAGUACGUCAGGGCUCUGAUGCAGAAGAGGCUGGUGUGUCGUAGUGGCGAGGAGAGGAGGCAGCUCGCUCAGCAGAUGCUUCAGGACGACCAGCUGUUCAGAGAAAUCUUCCACAGCCUGAAUAUUCAUACCUGUCCGUGCUCGAUCACUCAAAGCCACACGUGCAUCGAUCUGUCUCAGCAGGAAGGUGAAGGGUCAGCACCUGAAGUGAACCCUUUGGCCUUACUCCCUGUCCUGGCCGAAUUCAUCCGCCUCAAAGACCCCAACAUGCUCACACUGGAGGUGUCUGGACUUGCAGCCAAAUAUCCUGACAUCAGUGAUGAGCACGUGUCCGUGCUGCUGGAAAUCCGAGGCGACGUCUCCCGGGACAUCAAAGGGGCUGUACUGGAUUUGCUGGAGCAGAGCGCUCCCCCUCUUCCCAUCGGAUACCGACCCAUCUUCACUGACAUCCUGGUGCCUCCCUCCACCAUGGCCUUUUGCCUGCCAACUGCCAAGUGUGCAUAGCUGCAGGGGUUUCGUGUAAAAAGCAGGGAGCUCCUAAAUAAACACUUAGAAACAGUGCUGAGCAGAGUCUCCAGCUCUCCUUAUUUAUCUCUUCUCACCAAAGGAUUCAAGAUCUCGGUGAUGCACAUGAAUUUAUUUCUCCUCCAGCUUACCAGGGGUUUGAGGUGGCGACUUGCUGGUCCAGGUCUAAUGUCAGCUGCGAGGCAGGGGUUGUUUUGUUUGCCUUAAGUCUUCUAUACUUCCAGAAGUCGCUGUCAGAGUUUUCUGCAGUUUAUACAACAGAGUUAACAGGACGUGGAUGAUUUUUAAAGUCCGGUAACAGGACUAUUGUGCACUUCAUACACUCUCUGUAGCCCCAUUUGGAUAGAAUUUAUUUCUCUUUGGCAGGUUGGGUGAUUUUAUUAUCAGUCCACACCAUAUAUGACUUGUUUUUCUCUGGGGAUUAUAUUAUGAUCAAAGUGAAAAAGUAUUCAGCUUCAGGUAAGUAACCUGUUCUCUGAACUCUGUUUUCCACUUUCUCAAACUGUCACAUUAACAGCGACCAGACGCCCUGUAGUUCUGUUAUUUCUAAGCAAAUGAUAGAAGAUAAAUAAAUGUGUUCAUCUAUUAACAUUUAUUUAUUUUUUAAAUCUUUUUCCUACCUGAAUGUUCAUGUCCAUUACAAUGAGAGCGAAUUACUAAAGGUAAAGAAAUACAAACAGAGAAACUGAGUGACUGGAUAAAGCAGGAAGAAAUCCUGAGAUUAAAGUCAUACAAUUCUGAGAAACACACAUGUAUGAUUUGUGGGGAAAAAAUAAUAUCAACACAAGAAAGAAAAGGAAAACAGAAUUUUUAUGAUGGGAAAAACAUCUAAUUUAACAAUUUCCAAGUAAAAUGUAGGUAAAAUUUAUAUCUUUCAAUUUGUUUAAAUAUCUUUAAAAGGAAAUGUUAGAACACAAGCAACAGCUUUCCAGUCAUUAAGAGAAACAACAAACUACGUUUCAAAAGGAGUUUAAAUGCUGUGAUUUUCCCUUAACCUUCAAUAGUCUCGAUACGCUGUCAUAUUUUCACAGACUUUAAAAAGCUGUUGAUGUUAUUCGUGUCCAAAUGGGACUUUUGGUUCAGGUUUAAAGUGACAAACAGCACAAACAGGCCUGCACGCUGCCUUCGUUCUUCUUCAUUACCCACCAUGUUACUGGUUAAACGUUAUUUCUGCUUCCUGUCACUUUAAAGAGUCAGCGCUGAGCAUUGCUUUGACCUGCAUGAGUAAAAUCUCACAUCAGCAUAAACGUUUCUAUGUGAAACAAACAAUCUGCCUGGAUAAACUGCACCAAAGUUUUUUGAUCAUUUCUUUGUGAGAAAACAUUUUUAAGACUCAAAAUGCUGCAUAUUAGAUUUCUUUAUAUAAACUAAAAACUUCCUGAAAAAAAAGACACUUUUAAACUUUUUUGUGGAGAUUUUCAUCUGAUUUGAGGGAAGACAGAGGUUAUGGGACAGAUUUAUGAUAUUGGUGGGCUUCAAACAUAAAAAUGCUUUGAGUUGAGUUUGAAUUAAAUUGGCUGUGCAGCAUGCGUAUACACAUUAAUGCAGCGUGGGUGUUUGGCAGGGUUUGCUCCCCGCUGAGUCAAAGUUACUAUGGUAAAAUAGAUAAAAGGUGUAGUAGAAAUUCAGAUAAAGCAUAACUCUUAUGUAAUGUAUAUUGAAAAUGAAAGAAAAAGACGUGAAAUAACGAAAUGAUCAUAUAGAAAGUGGCAUUAUGAAAGAAAAGUGACAAAAAAAAUAAACGAUGAGAAUGAAAUUAAACUGAAAAUAAGAAAUAUUAAAUAUGUGGUUGGAUUAUUAAUAAAAAUGAGACACUGAUGAAUCAUUAAAUAUAUAAGUGGCAUAAAAUAUAAAAACAUGACAUGAAACAAUGGCAUUAUGCAUUGAAAUGUUAAAAUUAAGGUGACAUAAAAAUGGAUGAUAAUUUAGGAAAGUGCAUACAUUAAAAAAAAGAACAAAUGAAAGUGUGUAUAAGUUAUAGUUUAUUAUUUAAAGAUGAACGUGGUUUCUCUUUGAGAUUUCCCAGCUGUGAACAUCCCACCAGAGCAGCUGCUCUGUAAUCACUCUGAAACUGUGUUUUCAUUUCAAGCUUGCUGUUUGUACCAAAUGUUGUUUAUCUCAUUUUUUUUAGAAAGUAUUUAUUGUAUUUAUGUAACAAAGUCAACUGUUGUCUUUUGUUUGGUGUUUUGUUAUUGGUUUUACAUUUCUGGUUCAAAGCCUCUAAAGUGCAUAAAGUCUGUUCCAUAAGUGUUUUAAUAAAGUCUUUAUCAAGUAAACUUUGUAUUUCUAUUAUUAAAAGCAUAUGGCACAUAUUAAGUAUGAAAUCACUAUCAAUCAGCAGAUGCAGUAUUAUUUAAUUAUUAUGUUCUUUACUUGGCAUAAAGUAUUUAUUUAUAUCUUGAGCUACUGCACUGUAAAUGUGUUUGACUUUUAUAUAUUUUGCUAGUGUCCUUUAUCUUUCUUGCCUCUUAAUUCUUCUUUACGGUGUGUGAGAGAAACAGCAUUUCAUUUUUGCUGGAUGUCCUGUACACGCAGCAAACUGACAGUAAAAAUCUUUGAAUCUCGCGAGAAUGAUGAAACGUUAUUUUGAUAAUGAAAGCAAGAUUUAGGCGUGAAUUUUAAUUUUAUUCAUUCAGGUUUUUUUUAUUUGCAAAGGCUGUUUCUAGUAACUAAUAUAGUCACUUUUGAAAUCAUUUAUAUUUUUAUUUUAUGAAUUAUUAUACUGUUUCAUCUUAAUAUUUUUUUAGCUGUUUAAAUUCCUGCUGUCUACUUUUUACAGUCUGUUUGGAGCACCCACACUUUCGUUGUACACGUAC